AUGGCUGCGGUCGACCACAAAGUCGCUUUGAUUGUUAUCGAUGGCUGGGGCAUUGCCGGACCCCAGUCCCCUCCCGAGGGUGAUGCCAUCGCUGCCGCCGAGACCCCAUACAUGUCCGGUUUCGCCGAAGCCAACUCCAAGACUGCCCAGGGAUACACCGCGCUUGAUGCGUCGUCGCUCGCCGUCGGUCUUCCCGAGGGCCUCAUGGGCAACAGUGAGGUCGGCCACUUGAACAUUGGUGCUGGUCGUGUCGUCUGGCAGGACAGCGUUCGCAUCGACCAGACCCUCAAGAACGGCGAGCUGAACAAGAUUGACAACAUUGUCAAGGCCUUCACCCGCGCCAAGGAAGGCAAUGGCCGUCUGCACCUGUGUGGUCUGGUCUCCGACGGUGGUGUUCACUCUAACAUCACCCACUUGUUCGGCCUGCUCGAGGUCGCCAAGGAGAUGAAGAUCCCCAAGGUCUUCAUCCACUUCUACGGCGAUGGCCGUGACACUGACCCCAAGAGCGCUGGCAUCUACAUGGAGCAGCUGCUGAACAAGACUAAGGAGCUCGGAGUUGGUGAGAUUGCCACCGUCGUGGGCCGCUACUACAUCAUGGACCGUGACAAGCGCUGGGAGCGUGUCGAGGUUGGCAUGAAGGGUAUGAUCACUGGCGAGGGCGAGGACAGCUCGGACCCGCUCCAGACCAUCAAGGAGCGCUACGAGAAGGGAGAGACCGAUGAGUUCUUCCAGCCCAUCAUUGUCGGUGGUCAGGAGCGCCGUGUGCAGGAUGACGAUACCCUCUUCUUCUUCAACUACCGUUCGGACCGUGUUCGUGAGAUUACCCAGCUCCUGGGUGACUACGACCGCUCCCCUCGUCCGGACUUCCCCUACCCCAAGAACAUCUCCCUUACCACCAUGACCCAAUACAAGACCGACUACACCUUCCCCGUUGCCUUCCCUCCUCAGCACAUGGGCAACGUCCUUGCUGAGUGGCUCGGCAAGAAGAACCUCCAGCAGUGCCACAUUGCUGAGACCGAGAAGUACGCCCACGUUACUUUCUUCUUCAACGGCGGUAUCGAGAAGCAGUUCCCCGGUGAGGUCCGCGAUAUGAUUCCCUCGCCCAAGGUUGCUACCUACGAUCUUGACCCCAAGAUGAGCGCCGCUGCCGUCGGCACCAAGAUGGCCGAGCGCAUUGGCGAGAACAAGUUCGACUUUGUCAUGAACAACUUUGCCCCUCCCGACAUGGUUGGCCACACUGGUGUGUACGAGGCUGCCAUUCAGGGUGUUGCGGCUACCGACAAGGCCAUCGGUGAGAUCUACGAGGCUUGCGUGAAGCACAACUACAUUCUUAUGAUCACUGCCGAUCACGGUAACGCCGAGGAGAUGCUCAACGAGAAGGGCACCCCCAAGACCUCCCACACCACCAACUUCGUUCCUUUCGUCAUGGCUAAUGCCCCCGAGGGCUGGAGUCUCGCCAAGGAUGGUGGUGUGCUGGGUGAUGUUGCGCCUACCGUCCUUGCUGCCAUGGGCAUUGAGCAGCCCGCUGAGAUGACCGGCAAGAGCCUGCUCGUCAAGGCUUAG